CACACACACACACACACACACACCCCCUUUACAGCUGAUGUGAAACACAUCACGCACUCCACUCGUUCACCUGUACAAACACACUACCGUAGGAUCUGGGUACAUUUGAUAGAUUUUUGUCACUAAACUUGGUGAAGAUGAUCAAGCUUUUCUCGCUGAAAAAGCAGAAGAAGGACGAGGAGUCUGCCGGAGGAACGCGAGCGGGAGUCGGCGGAAAGAAAGCGAGCGCGGCCCAGCUGCGGAUACAGAAGGAUAUCAACGAGCUAAACCUUCCAAAGACCUGUGAGAUUGUUUUUCCUGACCAGGAUGAUCUACUCAACUUCAAACUAAUCAUCUCACCAGACGAGGGUUUCUACAAAGGAGGGAAGUUUGUCUUCAGUUUUAAGGUAGGACAGGGGUACCCCCACGACCCUCCAAAAGUCAAAUGUGAAACAAUGGUCUAUCACCCCAAUAUUGACCUGGAAGGAAACGUCUGUCUAAAUAUUUUGAGAGAAGACUGGAAGCCAGUGUUGACUAUUAACUCCAUCAUAUAUGGGCUACAGUAUCUGUUCCUUGAGCCAAAUCCUGAAGAUCCACUGAACAAAGAGGCAGCAGAGGUGCUGCAGACAAACCGACGGCUUUUCGAGCAGAACGUCCAGCGGUCACUGAGAGGCGGCUACGUGGGCGCCACCUACUUUGAGCGUUGUCUGAAAUAGUCCCGAGCCCACUGGCCCUUACAUCCCAGAAUGCAUUUAUCGUUUACAUGUGAAGAGACAUGAUUGACAAAUUGACCGGAGAGCGGCAGGGGAGGGGCUUCUUGAAGGAGAUGGGGCUUUCUCAUGGGACGGGCUUAGGAGGCGGGUGGGUUAUAAAGGAAUAGGCUUUGAAAGGCUGGUCAGUGAUUGUUGUUCUGAGAAUUCAGUCGUAUUUGCCACUAUGCUGGUACCCACUGUUUAUUUUUUCUGAGAUUCACAUGCUAACUUAUCCUCCACUCACUGACAUGAACCAAGAGAGAGACAGAGAGAGAUGUUCAAAUGAUUACAUUUCUCUUGUGUUCCAUUAUGAAGGCAUGAGGACUGAUUUUGUUUGAGCUUCAGUAAAAUGAAACCUGCCUUGUAUCACACAUCAACUACUUUAAAUAAUCACUAAUUUUGGUGUUUGAAAAAGGACUUGUAUAGCAUUGCAUUUGACCAAUUCUGAUAAUGUUGAGUGAUUGAUGACCUUACUGGCUUAGAGACCAGUUCAUAUACGAUUGACAGGAUCUGUAUGCAAAUUGGGCUGUUAUGAGUUCUGGAGACUUCAAUAUGUUUUGCUAUAGUUUUCAUGGUUGGGAAUGGGUGGGAAAGGAUUUUCAUGAUGAGGGAUGUCUUAGGGUUAAGAUUGGUUGAGUAAAAUGUUACAAUUCUGUUGUGUAUCCCAGCUGUUCACAAUGACUGCAAUAUGAAUUAUGUUAAAUAAAUAUUUUCUUGAAUGUCUACAUUUUAAGAUUAGUGUAAAAAAAAACAGCACAUUGUGUUUAAAAUCAAUAAAAUGUUUUAUCUGACAUAUACAAUUAUGAAUUGAGCAAUGUGCAACUGCAUCAAAAAUGCUUGGGCUCUCAGAGUAUGAUGAAUUGUAUAGAUUAUCUGAUGUUUUGGUAAUUAACUUUAACGUAACAAAGAACAAAAACACUGAGGGUUAAAAAUCUGAAUAGUUUUAAAAAGGGAUGCCCGAUUACAAUUUUUUGGGAGAACGAGUACAAAUACUUCCUUUUCAGUACUCGCAGAUACUGAUUGCAGUUUUUUUUAUGUUACAGUUUUACAAACAAACAAAACAAACUCAAAUCAAUAUAAAAUAAUAACUGUAAAGAAAAGUUGAACUGUUAACUUUAUUUGUUUCAGCUAUUGUAACUCAAUGUUAAGUCUAUCUAAGAAUUAUUUUGCAUAUUUAAGGGGAAGAUUAUUUUUCAUGACUUGAAGCAUCUCUGUAUGUUAACAAGUAUGGCCCUAUGAAAUCAAUUUUAUUUAUUUUACAAUUUAGUUUUAUUUCACAAGUUCCAUAUUUAACCAUUUCAUUCAAUGUUAUCAUUAAAGGGUGUCUAAACAAAAUAAAAAUAAAACU